GGAGCGGAGUCGCGUCGCGCGGGAAGCCGGGCCGGCUCGGGCCGCGGACUGGGCAUGCUCGGCAGCCCGGGAGGCUCGCGGUGGCAAGUCGGAAACGUUCGCACCAGCGGGGCAGCGGCUGCGGGCGGCAGGCGGCGGGCAGGUCGGGAGUGAGAAGCACCGGCCCGGGCUGACUGCUCUCCUCUUGCGCCUAGGGAGCCGGUCGGAGAGCGCGAUUGGGGUGCGGAGCCCCGACGCUGCCCUGCCCCGGAUUUCAUUCCGCGGCGGGGGGCUCCGCGAGCGGAAUUCCGGCGGCUGCCGUGACUCCAGUGCAACGUGACGACAGCAUGUACGAUCCCUGAAUGGGCCUGUGGGCAUAUUUAGUCAUUCAUUUUCGAUCAGGAGAAAGAAGACAGCCAUCAUUUGAAAGGUAAAGCUUCAGUGACUGAAGGGGUGUGGACUUUUUGAAUUUCAAGAACAGUAAAGUUGGAACACAGCAGAGGGUUGUAAUAAAAAAUAAUACAGGUCAGAGCCUGGUCCAAAAGGUAUAGAGAAUUGGCAGUUACCCACAAGUCUGCCCCAAAGAGGUUCUUUCCAACCACCUGCCACAACCUAGCUCAAUGUCAUGUGGACCAUGUGGACCAAAACCAGGAAGCUUUUGCUGAACUACCAGUGUGGGUGUGGGUGAGAAUACAUCCAAUGGAGAGAACCCAGGAGCCAAGCUAAGUGAAUCAGUUUCACUAGGACAUUAAUUUCUAAGAUGUAGUCCUUGGAGUUCCGGAGAGCAAAAGAUGGUGCAUUACUGGAAAUUCACUAUACUCAUUAACAUAUUUAAGGCUGGAGAAAUUCUGGAGCAAAGAACCAAAGAUUGGAAAGAAGACUGAUGAAGAAAAAUAACAGCAUGAUUCAGGCACACCAUUGAGUUCUUUGGGAUGCCCAAAAGUGUCUGGUUGGGAAACAUGAAAUAGAAGAUGAGACCCUGCCUCAGCAAGCGUACCUGAGAAUACUUUUAAAGGAACCUGUUGAUAAAUGCAAAACAGUAGCUGUUGCAGGUGAUGGAACUGUACUGGAACAAUGGGAGAAGCUGGUAGCUUAUAGGAAGCCAAGAUGACCAGAAUGUUUUUAAAUAAUCCGGUGUGUCAUUUUAAGUUGAGUGUGUCAAUUUGGUGGACAGAGCAUAAGUAUUUGAAGAAUUGAGAGAAUUUCCUGCACAUGGUCAGCAUUUAAAUUAAGCUUGGAAUAACCCUUCUGAUAUGCAGAUAUUUUUGGUCCUAGUGGUUUCCUUGGGCUCCAUUUCUCACUCAGUAGAGACGGGGUUUCAACGUGUUACCCAGGAUUGUCUCCAUCUCCUGACCUCGUGAUCUGUCCGCCUCGGCCUCCCAAAGUGCUGGGAUUACAGGCAUGAGCCGCUGCGCCCGGCCAAGGAAGAAUCCUGCUCAAAAAUGAGGUGAAUUAAUGCUUGGGCGCUCAGGAACCCUAGACAGCUACAUGAGGUGUUUAAAAACUGCCCCGACCAUCUUGCCAAACAAGUCUCUGCUCAUGAGGCCCCACAGGAUGAACGAGCCGAGGCAGGACAGUGUCCUGCCCUGUCGGAACAGUGACUGCUGACCUGCCAAGAGUGAGCUGGGGACUGCCUGCUGUCUGCCAGUACAAUGAAGGAAGUGGUUUAUUGGUCACCCAAGAAGGUGGCAGACUGGCUGCUGGAGAAUGCUAUGCCAGAAUACUGUGAGCCUCUGGAGCAUUUCACAGGCCAGGACUUGAUCAACCUAACCCAAGAGGAUUUCAAAAAACCCCCCUUGUGCCGAGUCUCCUCUGACAACGGGCAGCGGCUCCUGGACAUGAUAGAAACCCUGAAAAUGGAGCACCAUUUGGAAGCACACAAGAACGGCCAUGCCAACGGGCACCUCAAUGUUGGCGUAGACAUCCCCACCCCCGACGGCAGCUUCAGCAUCAAGAUUAAACCCAACGGGAUGCCAAAUGGGUAUAGGAAAGAGAUGAUAAAGAUCCCCAUGCCAGAACUGGAGCGCUCUCAGUACCCCAUGGAGUGGGGCAAGACUUUUCUGGCUUUUCUUUACGCACUUUCCUGUUUUGUUCUCACCACAGUGAUGAUCUCGGUCGUCCACGAACGAGUACCUCCUAAGGAGGUGCAGCCUCCACUACCGGACACAUUUUUUGACCAUUUUAACCGGGUGCAGUGGGCCUUUUCUAUUUGUGAAAUUAAUGGCAUGAUCCUUGUAGGACUCUGGUUAAUUCAGUGGCUGCUCUUAAAAUACAAGUCUAUUAUUAGCAGAAGAUUUUUCUGCAUAGUUGGCACGCUGUACCUGUAUCGGUGUAUUACAAUGUAUGUAACUACACUCCCAGUACCUGGUAUGCAUUUCAACUGUUCUCCGAAGCUUUUCGGAGACUGGGAAGCCCAACUGCGAAGAAUAAUGAAGCUCAUUGCUGGAGGUGGCUUGUCUAUCACUGGCUCUCACAACAUGUGUGGGGACUAUCUGUACAGCGGCCACACGGUCAUGCUAACACUCACCUACUUAUUUAUCAAAGAGUAUUCUCCUCGGCGACUCUGGUGGUAUCACUGGAUUUGCUGGCUUCUCAGCGUAGUUGGAAUCUUCUGUAUUCUCUUGGCGCAUGACCACUACACUGUGGACGUGGUGGUGGCAUAUUACAUCACCACGAGACUCUUCUGGUGGUAUCACACUAUGGCCAAUCAGCAAGUGCUAAAGGAAGCUUCCCAGAUGAACCUCCUGGCCAGGGUGUGGUGGUACAGGCCAUUUCAGUACUUUGAAAAGAAUGUCCAAGGAAUUGUACCUCGAUCUUACCAUUGGCCUUUCCCCUGGCCAGUAGUCCACCUCAGUAGGCAAGUUAAAUACAGCCGGCUGGUGAAUGACACAUAACAGCUGUACAAAGUGGGGAAAAGACAAAUUGUCCGAAGUGCUAAGAACUCCAUGAGAGAAGAUGCCAUAAAAUAAACAACUCCCUAAUCCUAUUAUCUUUCAAUGGUUAUCUUGACUUAACCUAUUGAGUUACCUGGUCAGCACUGUGAUCUUUUUUUCUCUCCAAAGGACCUGCGUUGGACAACAAUAAAGAAAAAUUUAACCUAUCAUGCACUGUACACAUUUCCUGUUCAUAAGUUUGGGAUUUACAUAACCCGCAACCACCAUGUUCCUUUGUAUAUGAUGCAACAGCAUAAAUGUAAGCUUUUAUAUCAUAAGUUCUGGUCUUUCCAGUCAUAUCUGGAAAUAAAGCGUAUUAUUUUCUUGGGAAAACAUACUUUUCAUAUCUCUUGCCCCAAAGAUUGGGCUGUAAGCCAUUUUCUAGCAAAUGUCUCUAUGAAGGUUUCUAAGUACCUGAAUGGGGUUUGAUUCUGAAAUCUUUCUACCUGUUGCACCGAUAUUCAAAUAAAAAUGAUAGACACAGAAAGGUUUGGUAACUUUGGGUUUUGUAAAAUCAGCAAAGACAGUGUUUCAAAAAGUGCAAAAAAAGAUUCUGUUAUAAAGUGAUUUUCUAAGUAUUUCCUAACUUUAUUUUUCAAAAUGGUGUUAUGAAAACCAAAUUUAAAGAUUUUUAACAUGUCAGAAAGAAGAGAGUUAAAAUUUAAAAAUGCAUCUUGGGAGAGAAAUUUGUCUAUGUUUCUAGUGCCUUUCUUGUCUUGAUUGUAUGGUCAGUAGGCAAUCUUAAAUGUUUUUAUUUAAAAUAAAGUAUUCCAUGAAAAUAUAAAUAUAUGUAUACACUACUAAAUUUUGCAUUUAUAGCUAAAUUGAAUCGGAAGACUGCUUAUGGUUUUAAAAUUGCAAUGACUUAAAUAAUGAGGUUGUUAAUUAGAGUCAGAGCCUGUUCACAUAUUGUGAUCAGGUAGCAAUGACUUGUACCACUUAAAUUAUUUUAUCGUCGAUUUGGUAGUUCUAUUUUAACUACUCAAUGAAAACAGCCAUGAAUAUCUUUUCUUAAAGAGAGUUUUGAAAAUGAUCACUUACCUAAAACUUGAAAGCUAUUAAUUAGUUAUCCAUACUCUCAUGACAAUUUUGUUGGUGAACAACAAAAAAGAGAUCUAUUUCUUUAAAAGAUAUUUGUGCAGAAACUGCAUGUAACUCUAAGUUUUACUCCUAACAUACAUAUGUUUGGGGAAGUAUUCUAUUCUAUACUUGCCAAUGUGGAGAACAAAAUAGUUUUUUAAGAAUGAAGAAGUAUAUAUAUCCAUUCUGUAUUUUACGUGCAGCAGAAUUAUCUUCCGUAGGAUUUUUUUGUGUAUUCACAAGGUGAUAUUUGUAUUGUAAAACAAUAAUGGUGAAGGAAAUAAAAAGGCUUUUAAAAUUUUGUUUGUUUUAAACCUUUGUAAAGUUAUUAUUCCAGAGAGUAUACUGGUAUCUUACAGCUUACCUAGAUCAUAAAUUAAUCAAAAUGCACUUUUUAAUAAAAACUGAUACUUAAAAUAAA